AUGGAAACUGAAUUUCAGCGUUAUACUUCACAGACAAAUACAGAUCAAUAUAAUCUCUACAAGGGCAAACACAUCAGAAGCGGCAGUCUACAGAAAGAUGCUGCAAACAAUACCGGCAGCUGUAGUGAUGAUGAUAAUGAUGACAGUAAAAGUAACCACUGCGGUAUAGGCGCCGCUCUUGUAACGUGUCCUUUAUCACCCAUUCGAAAGAUACCACGAUUAACAUCUCCCCAUAACUCAGAAAGUAGUAUUGAUUCUGCAGCAGCAGCCGCCGCUUCCAAUUCUCAUUCUUCUCACUCCUGCAACGAUCAGACUGCAGCUUGCGUUACUGUUAUGGUGCCAACAAUGUUCACAACGGCUGCUGGACGACCCAUUUGUGUGCGUGAGAGUCGUCGUAUUGAACGUGAUUCACCGUAUUGGAAGUUACUUUUUGAAUUCCCAACUUGCGAGCGAGUUGUUUCAUCUUUCACUGAUAUUAAGGAUGAUAAUCAAUCUCUUGAUGAUGAUAAUAGUCAUUCCAACCCUGUUAAAGAAGAAGAAGACGAUGACGAUGAAGAAGAUACCGUAAACAAAGAGAAGAACGGCGCCGCUAUACCGUUGCUUCCAGUCUGGCGACGACAACUGAGAAGGGCAGAUCCAUUUUCUUCAUUAUCAUUAUUAUUACCAACGCCCAUUGUGGAAUAUAAUGAGUUGCGUAGCCACUCAUGUCCUCCGAGGGUUCAGAGCAGCAACAACAAUAAGAGUAGAAACGAGGACACAACUACUAUCAAUUCACAGAUAAAGUAUAAUGGUAUUGGUGAAAUCACCUUUCCUUACUCUUCCUUCACUAGGGCUGAUGGAAGUAUGAUUUAUCUCUCACCUGCAACAAGUCGCAAGUAA